CGUUGCAAGUGACGUCGAAAGUGCAGAGACACAUUUUGUAAACAACAUGGCGAAUUACCCAGCGGCCGACAGAUAAAGCUCCGCGCUGCCAGUGCCAACCAACCUCGGGAUUCUAAUUACCAACCGUAAGGAGUUUUGUCUUUGUACUUAACGAAGUACCACAAGUGGGCUAGCGCUGUCAAGCGGACCGUUUGACAACUAAACGGCGCUCUUCAUUGUAUGGGCUCCCAGUCCAGUUCUGGGAUGUCUGAUGGAAGGGGCUCUUCCAGUGACAACCCAGUUGAUCAAGGCGACUUAGAAGAAGAAAACCAGAGUAGUGGCAGCAGCAGGCAGCAAGGCGACACGGUGUCAGCAUCGGAGGAGGACGUCGACUUAGCUGAAGUGCUGGCUUACCUACUGAGGAGGGGCCAGGUCAGACUGGUCCAUGGCAGCGGAGCGACAGGGCUGCAGCUGGUCCAGUCUUACUCGGACUCCGACGAGGACAGCGAUGGCGCGUGGGAAGGUCGGCUGGGCAAAAUCUACAAUCCGCCUGUGGACACGCAGCCCGACACGCAUGAAGUAGAGCGCAGCGAGAUCCGAACUCAGAUCCUGCUGGCCACCGCUUCGUCUGACCUGAAAGGCAAAACAAGUUUUACACACAUGCUUAGAGAGAGGGAGCAAGGAAGGUGUAGAAGCUCCAGUUUUUCCCAUGGAGAAUGCAGUCGCAUCCGCUCGCACUUCCUGCCUAACUAUGUCUCCCAAAAGGCUACAUACCAUCACAAAGCCUUCUGUGGCGUCUACAGCGAGGAUGGCAACAUGUUUCUCUCUGCCUGCCAGGAUCAGAACAUCCGCUUGUAUGACACAAGCAGAGGACGCUUUCAACUUAGGCAAACGGUGAAGGCUCGAGAUGUCGGCUGGAGCGUCCUGGACGUCUGCUUCACGCCGGAUGCCCAGCACGUGCUUUACUCCAGCUGGUCGGACUACAUUCACCUGUGCAGUAUCGACGGGGACGGUGAAAACCACACUGCAUUGGACCUCAAUCCGGAUGAGAGGAGGUUCUGCGUGUUCUCAUUGGCUGCGUCGACAGAUGGCAAAGAGAUCUUGGGAGGAGCAAAUGAUGGCUGUCUUUAUGUCUUUGACCUGGAGCAGAAUAAAAGAACACUUAAGAUUGAUGCUCAUGAGGACGACGUGAAUGCCGUGGCGUUCGCCGACAACUCUUCCCAGCUGCUCUUCUCCGGCAGCGACGACGCGCUGUGCAAAGUGUGGGACAGGAGAACGCUGCGGGAGGAUCGGCCGCAGCCUGUCGGACAGCUGGCGGGCCACCGGGACGGUAUCACCUUCAUCCACAGCAAGGGCGACGCGCGUUAUUUGAUCAGCAACUCGAAGGACCAGUCCAUCAAGCUCUGGGACGUGAGGAAGUUCUCUCCUAAAGAAGGGUUAGAGGCUUCACGUCAGGCCGUCACCCAGCAGAAUUGGGAUUACCGCUGGCAGCGGGUUCCCCAAAGAGCACUGAGGCGACACAAGCUGGCCGGCGACACCUCGGUGAUGACGUACCGCGGCCACGGCGUUCUGCACACGCUCAUCCGCUGCCGUUUCUCACCAGAGUUCAGCACGGGACAGAGAUUCAUUUACUCCGGGUGCUCCACGGGCAAGAUUGUCAUCUAUGACGUGCUGACGGGCGCCGUGGUUUCGAAACUGUUGGGUCACGGUGCCUGCGUGAGGGACGUCAGUUGGCACCCGUACGAAGACGUCGUCAUCAGUAGCUCUUGGGACUGCGCUGUUCAAAUGUGGGAACACAGACAAACUCAUCCUCUGGAGGAGGAACGGGAAAGAGAAUGACAGCUCCAGAAGACCACAAAUCGCCACUGUAGGAGAAGCUUUGAAAUUGCGCGCGCGAGCUGAGGGGAUUACAAUUUUGGAGUGGUGCUAUCAAAACACGGACACCUGGACUGUACACUUGCCUCAGUUAUUCCUUCCUUUGCCCUAUGACACCAGUGCAGAAUCAAGCACUGAAUAAUGAAAUUGAAAAUGGUGGGGGGAAAAGUGACCAGAAAUUCUGUAUAAAAUGUACAGUAUUAUAUUGAUGCAGAAGUUUAAUCUUAAUGUCACUUCAUUUCUUUCUUAGGGGCUUUCAAAAAGUGAAUCCUAUCACGCAUCGAGUCUUAGCAUCAAUAGAAACAUGACAUAUUUUUAAAAGGAAAAAAAUACUUUGUUAAACAUAAUUCAUAUGUGUGUAAAGUGUGUGUGAUUUGAACUGAUCUUGCAAUUUCCUGGCACUUGUAUCAAAGAUUUCACGCAAGUUUGACAAUUGUUGCUAUCAUUAAAGCCUUUGCGUUUGUUUGCUUUA